AUGCCCUAACCAUUAAUGUUUUCCCCCUUUCAGGCGGAUGCAGCAUUGAGAGUGUCCGGCCAAGAGCGUUUGGCUCCAGAUCGGCCUUUACCCGGCCAGGAGAAGACCUCCCUCUCUCUCCCUCCAUACCUGGGUCCAGCUCACCCGUUCAGCAUGACCCCCAGUGCUCUCAUUCAAGACCCUCGUCUUCAAGCUCACCUGUCCAGGCAGGUUCCUAACAUGCUGCUAGCAGGAGCUCCGCAGGAGGAGUAUCUUCGCGAUGGCUUUCGCCCGUACGCCUCUGCUGAAGAGUUGCGCCUGCCUUUGCUCCCUCUAGGGCUCAGCUCAGGAACCGCAGCCGACACUCUCGCGUACUUUCACUCAGGAUAUUUGCCCCAUCCCUCGCUUGCUUCAUACAGGAUGGAGGACUACUACAGUCUGCCGGCCCUGCGCUCGCAUUACUACACGCUUCCAGAGGGGGGAGCCCUGCCGAGCCUACACCCGUCUGCUGUCCACCUGCCCAUGCAGGGCGUCUUUUACCCUCCUGACAUCACACACCAGUCGCUGUCAGCGCUGCACUCUGAGAGGCUGCAGAUGGAAGAGGAACUUCGCCAGCAGGAGAGGGAAAGAGAACGAGAGAAAGAGAGAGCGCGUGAAAUCGAACGAGAAAGGCAUUGGGAACAGGAGGUGCGGAGAGAGAAGGACAGAGAACGAGAGAAGGAAAGAGAGGUGGAGAUUAAGAAAGAGCGAGGGAGAGAGAUCCAGGCGGUCAAGGCCAUGGAGAAACGCCACCUGAGCCACGAGCCGCUGGCGAACCAACACUUGAUCUCUCAUCCGUACGCACACCGGCAGCACAUGAAGGAAAGAGCCAAGCUCGAGGACAGACUCGCUGCUAACAGAACGGACAAAACCAAAGAAGCGUCGCUGCUCAUGCCCCAGUCUGGCCCGUACUCAUCCUCAGGAGGUCCUUCUUCCCUCUCCACCUCAGGCCUCGGCCUCUCCUCAAGCCUCCAGUUUGGGAAAAGCCACAGGCCCAUGGGGACUCCCAUGAUGCUCCAGCGGCAGGAGGAGGACGACCGAUGGCUUGCCAGACAGAGAGCAGCACUGAAGGUGGAGAAAGCGGAGUUUCACCAGCAGGAGAAGCACCAGGAUAGUGGUCGGACCGCAGAACCAGUGGAACCACAGAGAGAGACACACAGGUACAGCUCGCACCGUAAUGAUGUGGGUGUCAGAGACAUAUCUCAACCCUUGGGGGCGCCACCUCCUCUCAUCACCCCUAAAGCUGUUCCUCGGGACCAUCACCCCUCCUCAUCCACUCCCAGCAGUCUCUGGAACCCCGUCUCCCUCCUCAACUCGCCCUCAGACCGGCCUCUGUCCCACAUCCAUCCUUUCUCAGGCCACACCAGACCGAAAGCUCUGGAAGAGGAUGUCAGGCCCUCUUCCAUGCCGGGGAACAGCCUCCCGGAGUCUGGGAAAUACCUGGCGGAUCUGGAGAAAUCCCCGCGGAUCUUCCUGAACCAGCAGAGGGUCUUCAGCCAGUCUGGGGCUCCGGCUCCGGCUCCGGAGAGGACGGACCCCAUGAUGGUGUUUGAUCAGGCUCUGCAGGAGCACAGGAGGCUCCUCAGCAAACUAGACCUGGAGGAGAAGAAACGCAGGGAAGCCAGAGAGAAAGGUUAUUACUAUGAAUUUGACGACUCUUAUGAUGAGAGCGAUGAGGAGGAAGUGCGAGCUCAUCUGAGAAGAGUCGCUCAGCAGCCUCCUCUCAAACUAGAUGCAUCUACAGAGAAGACACAGUUCCUGGGUUUGUUUGGGCUGACGACUCUCUCUAAGCGAGAUGAGCUCCUGGAGAUGAAGAGGAGGAAGAGGAGGAGGAUGAUGCAGGAGAGAAUGCCUUCACCCUCAGCGGUGCAGAGUAAACGAAAGACUCCCUCUCCUCCCCUCACCACACGCUUCACCCCGGAGGAGAUGGACCGCACCGCUGAACUCGACGACAAGAAACACUUCCUCGGCAUGUUCCACCUGAACCAUGUCAGUCUGGACGAGAGAAGAAAGAAUAAGAAGAUUGAGGACUUGCUGGAAGCCAUCAAACAGAAAACUGUAACUUUGAACACCCUCAGAUACGCCUCAGACGCACCCUUUUCUAGCCCGUCUGCUUCGAUGUCUGCCGUCUCGCAUCUCAAUCAGUCCGUCAGUAAUGUUCACCCUGAACCCCUAAAUCACUCACCCGAAUACCCUCCGCCUCAAGACCCCCCGCCACUGGCUCCUCUCCAGGCUCCAGGCCAGCCCAAGAUGACCUCCCCGGGCAGAAGAGGCCCGAGCCUGCAGGCCAGCGCUCGACAGACCCUCCGGCCGAAGGAACAGCCUCCUGCACUCAACGGAGUAAAACUCCAGGACUGGGAGCGAAGAAACUCAGAGGACUUUGCACAGCACUUCCAUCAGUCUGUGCUGCAGACUACUCAAAUAUCCCAGCAGAAACAGAAAGGUGAACUCUCUAUUGGAGCGAACGAGCAGUUUGACCCCCAUGCACAUCCACCUCCAGGCCUCCAGAGGGCGCUCAACAAACUCCCUAAUGGACAGACCAAUGGCCACUCCUGCCAUUUAUCAGCCCUCCACAACUCCCCAGGGGUGAGGAAUGACCUUUCAGCUGGCGAGGGCAUCAGUUCAGAUGAAGACGAGGAAGAGGAGUCCUUCAGUCCUAGGUGGAAAGGGAUUGAAUCUAUAUUUGAGGCGUACAAGGAGUACAUGGAGGAGAGAAGUAUAGAGCAGCAGGUUCUCCAGAGCGAGUGUAGACGCCUAGAGACGCAGCAUUACAACCUCAGUCUGACCGCCGAACAGCUUUCUCAUAGCAUGAGGGAGCUGUUGGCACAGAAGCACAAUCUGGCGCUGAAGAGAGAGCGCAUGCAGGCCGAACUUGAGCACUUCAAGAAAUGCUUGGGAUUGCCGCUGCUACACUGGCACAGAGGAUACUACAAGAGGCCUUCGCCGAGGUGACCUUGCUUCCUCGCAUUUAUGAUGGACGUGCUGAGGAAGAGUGGCUGAUCGGUGUAAUGGCUGAGAACUUAAAUUACUAAACGUGUGAUUUCAGCUUUGGCACGAGAAGAUGUCAUUGUUUUGGUGCCAAUGUCUGACGCCUCACUGUGACUCACUGCACUACAAGUCCAACCAAUAUAUACAGGAUCCAAUCUCUGAACAAAACAGGCAUUCAGCAUAUCCAUUACUUGACGGAUUAAUCUGAUGGGACGUUUGAAAGACCAAUGCCAAGAGG